AGGCUGCCCAUUGUAUACAGAAGUAGCACGAAGCUCGAAUAUGAUUUAGCAAGUAGCUGCAGACGGGAUUCGAUUUUUUUUUUUCGCUCGCGCGGCGUUAAAGUUAAACAAAUAAACAUUCGUCAAUAUAAUUGACACCACCUGCCUCAACAUUGGGCGAACUCACAAGGAAAAUGCGGGUCUUUUCGUUUUCUCUUUUUCCUACCGGCCUCCUGACCGGGCUUGUUACUCCCGCGAGCGGAAAGAUGCGGCGGUUAGCCAAGCAAGCGCUUGCGAAGGCGGGAACCUUAUGGAUUGCAAAUAUGUCUGGGUCUGCGUCUGGGAGAUUGCGAGACUUGUCAUGCUAGUCUGGCACGACUCUGGGAUCUGCAUUGCGUGGCAACCAAAAGCUCCUCUUGCCUGUCAUGCAAACACGCAGUUUCUCAUGCGGAAUACGCAACGCAGAAGCAUGAAAAAACUUGUUAUGCUUGGCUGCGCAUUACAGUGUGCUUAUUAUUCAGUGACCUGCAUCACAACUUUCCAGACCCAGACAUAUUUGCAUUUGAGAAACCUCUAGUACGCCGGGCGCUUCUGCCGGUGCCACCAGUCCCGUCCACGAGCAAGAGGCUUCCGCGGAUCACCAAGGGGCAAAAGAGGUAGGCAUUGCAAAAUUAUCGUACUAGUACGAAAUGCGUGACAAUUACUUCUUAGAAGUAGAAGUUGUGAUGCCGAUAAUUCAAGUGAGGAAGCCGAUGAAGCAUCUUUGUUUUGCAUGAUUCCAAUUCAAGUAUUAGUACGAGUGCGAUACUUUUGCACAGAAUACGAAGCGCUGCCGAAGAACCUGUAUGGGGAACCAAACGAGAAUAUCCUGUCGUGUAAAAAUUAUGCCCCCACCCUCCAGCUAAAGUGAGAACUUUCUUGUCUAUUGGGCAUGACAAGCUUCGGUCUCUCCUGCAGUCGUUAGGUACUUACUAGCUAGUGCAGUUGCAUGGCAAAUUUUUUUGUUCCUGUCGUGAUUAUGAUCCUCAGCAUGUUGGGCUUGGGGUUCUUGUGCGUGAGACUACUUACAACGCAGUCGGGGCUGCAUAAAAGUUUAAGUGACAAGUUCUCAGGGGGUUGAUCGGUUCUUGGUUGGGGCUGCUUUUGCUCAGGAUACGGAAGUAUUCAUUGCAAAACCAAAAGCAUCAUUCUAGUAGAAAUCUCAUGACAAAUUCCCUCACCAGCAUGAGAAAUGAUGAAAUUUUUAAUGCUAAUGCGAGUUACGGUUAACUUGAAAAGAAGAAGCUGAUGUCACGCAUGAUAGCGAUUACCACGAGCGCGAUGCUUUUGCAAUGCAUAGGAAGUGCGGAGAAAAUGUUGGUCCGACCCGGAGCGGUUAUUGUAUGGCUUUCUCAAAGAACGUGACAUUCAUAUGCUGUACUUCUACUUGCAUGAUUUGCCAUACAAAUCCCCUGUGAGCCUUCACAUUCUACGGCUCCUUUGGAUGACAAGUUUUCGACGCACUCAAUAGCAUGGAAAUCCGUUGUUCCCAAUCUGUAAUGCAAGACGCGCAAACUAGAACCUCGAUGAUUCUGAGAUGGCAAUUCAUUCUGAUCACUAUCGGUGUAUAGCAAACUGGUCGCGCUCGCGGUCCCGCCCAGCACUACUGCUGUUCGGGCGAGCCCAAUUGUUCAUGUAACAGCCGGCAAUGAAUGUAACGGUUGCGAACUCCAUAUACUGCGACGGUGGCGGCCCGGAACAGGGGGACGCCGGGUUGCACCAGAUUUGCACCGCCAAGCUGCCGAACAACUUCUCUACAAACACCAAGCAGGGGGCCUGGAGUAACGAGUUCACCGGGCAGCCCUGGUGCAUCUGCGUCUGGGCGUAUUCGGGGUACGUGCUGAAAAUCGACCCCACCAUCGAAGUAUGAACUGCAAAAGUAUCGUAAUCGUAUAAAUGCAUUGCAAAUUUUCCCAGCAUGAGAAAGAAAAUUUGUAAUGCUGAUUUGCCUUGAUAAAGAAAUUUGUAAUGCAAGACCUGCAUUUAUACGAGUGCGAUACUUUUGCACAGGAUACGAAAUCAAGUGCGACGCGAUCCCGGAGAGCACCCUGAAGCCCGAGUAUCUCGGCCACUGGGACGAGAUAUGAAUUGCAAAUAUGUCUGGGUCUGGAAGGUGGUAACUUGUCAUGGUAAACCUGAAGCAUACAAAAAUCUGUGUUGCAUGAGUGCCAAAAGCUGCGCACUUUCGACCAAGUUGGAAGGGAGGAGGUUCUCAUGCAGGAUAGGCAUGGCAGAGACCUCGCAGAGGCUGUCAUGCUAAGUCCCGCAUUUCAGACCUCAUGGGUCAUGGACAAUCGAAUCUGCAUGACAAGUGUACACUCUUCCAGACCCAGACAUUUUUGCACUUGAUACGAGAAGGCGGGAGUUGGUUCGCUGCCAGGCGAAGUCUACACGGGCAUUUUGUCGCUCAUGCACACGUAAUAUUUUGACAACUUCAUAAUUGAUAGAUACUAUUCGUGAUGAUAAGUACUUACUUAUUUUGGGGCUUUGUAUGUAGUGAGGUCACCGAACGGUUCUAACCGGGGAGUUUUUUUGACACCCAGCCAGCAAAACGACCGGCAGUUUUCAAGCGGACGAAAGAGUUUUUUGACAAAAAAAAUUUUCAAUUAUCAAGCGGACGGAGCUUUGAAAACAAAAAAGCCAGGUCGAAAACUAUCGAUUCACACUUGAUAAAACGACGCAGGGGAGCCGGCAAAAGGGGCGCCCUUCUGAGGAGCCCACCGCCUUAGUUUCUGGCGAUUUGGGGCGCCCAAAAAGAGGCGCGCAGAAAACGCGCCCAAAAUCAGAACAGCGGAACAGCAUGGCACGGCCGCGAUUUCGAAGCAUUUUGGGCGGCCGCGAAAGCGGCCGCCUUUUCGCCGGUUUCAGAGCCUGGGGAGCUUUGCAAAAAGCGCCGGCGUGAAAAAUAAAAACGCAAAAGAGAAAAAGCGCGCCAGACGCGCAAAGCCAACCCGCAUGCUACGGGCCCGAUUUUUCUUCGCUUUUUGGGCGCCCCCCGUGGCGCCCGGAUCGGCCCCAUAGCAUGGGGGCUCGCUUUCGGAAAGGAAUUUUGGAAAUGUGCCAAAAUUCGCGACGUUUCUCAAGUGACCGCCAUACCGUGCGGCAUAACGUUACUCACGGCGGUAUGGCGAGCCCAGAAAAAGCAAAGCCGCGGCCAAGGCGGCUGUCGGAAAAAAAACGCCCACGACCUCACUACCCCCGCCCCGGCGGCUAUAUUUGGUACUCCUGUGCCUGUGGUAUGCCUAUGCUGCGCAUAAUUCCUAAUAUUUCGCAGGACGACCACUUGUUUUGUCAACCAUUGAUGCACACAGGACGCACCGCAACAAGAGCAACAUGAGUGCAUUUCUUCUUGCAGCUGCGCUUCAAUAUUUUUGCCAUGAAAAACCACAGGUGUGUGAUUCAAGCGGGGAACGAUGCGGGCAAAAAGGCCUACCUGCUGGACCUGUACAACACGAUCCAGCAGGAGAGCCAUGAGGAAAAGCUGCCCCGCCUCUCGAAAACGACCACGGCGGAGGAGAUUCAGGAGCUGCUCAAGAAAAAAAUCGACACGACCAAUUCGGCGAAAAACCAGACCACCACUGCGACCCCGACAGGAGCAGUUGCUUCCGUUUCUGGCGAAGUGGGUGCGGGUGGUGCAGCGAUGGAGGGCGAAGUCAAGCUUGGUGAAGCAGCUGAGCAAUUCUUGGGCGGUGCAGCUGGCUCUUUUUCUUCCUUCGUGCAACUUGGAGCCGAGAACAAGCAGGGGGAGAAAAUGCUCAUGACCAAGAAAGUGCAGAAGCAGAAAACGAAGCAGGCAGUCCUUGGAGCUACGCAACAAGGUUCGACCUCUGCUGCGACGACCCUGCACGGAAAGAGGGACCACUAUGACGUUCUCAAUCGUUACAUUCUCAACUGUUACAUGAUUUGUCAUGCACAAACACUAGCACAAUUCACACGAUCAAGCCUUCUUCGCAUGACAACUUCUCGACGCGCUAAAUAGGAAUAGCACUACAAUCCAUCCCAAAUCUGUAAUGCAAAAGGCGCAAUCUUCCUCGUUUCACUUUUGCCCUUCUUGCAUUAUAAAUUCGUGUAACAGUUGAGAAUGUAACGUUUGAGAACGCCAUAACCACGGCGCGGCGGUCUCGGAACUACGCGGGUCCGGCAACGUUAUCAAAUGUAAAAAUGUCUGGGUCUGGAAGAAUGCAACUUGUCAUGCUGUUUUUGGAUUCUAAAAAAAUUAGUGUUGCAUGACCAGCAAGAAAGGUCCAGUUUGUGCUACGCGGAGAGGGCAUUUCUCAUAUGGAAGGCGCAUGAUCAGGAAGCCCUCUAAAAGUCUGUGAUGCUAGGUCAUGCAUUACGGGCAUCAGGGUUCAUGAGAAAUAUGCAUGACAAGUCUGCAUUCUUCCAGACCGAGACAUUUUUGCAUUUGAUAAACGUCGAGGAGGAGGAGCAAGAGAAGAAAUCGGGCGUGUUCUUCCUGGAUUCCCUGUGGAUGAUGCUUUUCUAUCCUGAGCAAAAACGUCCCCACCCCAGAGUCAAGAUGGGAAAUCUGCUAGACAAAUCAACCAGCUUUGCUUGUUUCGCAUGACAAGUUUGGCCCCGUAGCGUAAAAAUCCUCUUUGGGUAGUUCACCAGCAUCGCAGAUCUCGAGUAUCGUGCUGGUUAUAGCAUCACAAAUUCCAAAACACGGCUAGAAAAUGCCUCUCAUGUGGCUCCGCAUGAGAAACUUUUUUGGCAUGCAGAUUUGCAUGAGACGACUAUGGGGUGGGGACGUUUUUACAAAUGAUAUUUUCGUGCCUCUGCUGAUCCUCGCGGUUUUUUGCAUUGGGGCACACCACUUCCAACCGCAAUCGCACCAGGCGACCACCGGGGGCGAUGUGUUCUUCAGGAAGUUCUGGAGCUCCACCUCCCGCUGGACGUUUUUUUCGCGCGGUGACGACGCGGCGGGGUUGAGCGGCAGUGGAGGCGGGAAGAAGAAAACCGCUGCGUCGACGGAGGAAGGGGAGGCCGUCGGUGUGAAACAAGCUGGGAGCAAGAAAACGGGUUCCAAGACGAGUGCAACGGGGCACAGUAUGGCGUAGUUCUCAAGCGUUACGUUGGUCGCUGGGGCGUGAUUAAUUUCGCUUGAAUGAUUUGUGGUGGUGCAUGCAAGAUUAUAGCAUGAUAAGGCAAAGAAAUCCAAAUAAACGACGAGGACGAAGCUACAAAUUGCGCCUCGAUCAUGAGUAACUCCGCACGCAUUCCAUCGCAGGUCGGCGCAUUGGAAACUUGUCAUGCGAAGUAGCUUGAUCCGAUCCUGCAGAAUGUGACACAGGCUCUGAGUGAAAUUAAACCAACGCGAAUGAGGAACACGCAACAGCUAUCAGCCUGACGCUCGGGAGCGGUGUCAUACAGAAGGGAAACAAGGAUGAUCGGAAACUGUCGAAGGGGCAGUUGGUGUAGUGAAGCAAGAAGCGACAGGUGAAGGUGGACCGGUUCUUGUACUACAUCAGCCGGAACAUUAUGACAACGAUAAUCACGAUGAAGGCGAAACCAAAAGUACAGAGAUCGUGGUUGAGUAUACAACUAGGAAGUUGGUUGAAAAUGAAAUCGACAGGAUUUGUUAUUGCAGUUGCACACGCAGUUUGAGUUUUCUUGGAGACGUGAGGACACCAGCACAGCAAGUGCCUUAUGCGCACUUUUCCUCUAGUACCUCUUUUUUUAGAUUCGCAUUUCAUUCACAGUGAUAUAUUAUGAUUUCCUUUGUCAUCUACCGUAGUUUCCUGCUACAACGAGGAACCCUACAGAUGAUUCAGUCUUAUCUUCAGCAGCAGCUUCACCUAGAAGAUGAAACAAGCAAUCGAGACCAACCACGACAGUUUGCCAUGUACUAUCUUGGACAGAAUAAAAUUUACCGAGUAUUGCAAAAACCGCUUUUUCCUUUUGUAAAUGAAUCUCACACAGCACACCUAUUUGUUCAAUUUCAAUUUUCGAUUAGGUUGUCUGUACAAAAAUCCAAAAAACUUUAACUUUCACGAGAACACAACUCCUACAAGCAAUAUCGGUCGCCUUUAAUACCUUCAGAAAAAGUAUUACCACAUUACAAAUACAACUGUACAUAUUGUAGCGCUUCUGCUACAACAACAUUGGGAAAAAUGAACUGUACAUAUGAACCGGAAAUACGGCCUCGGCCAGAAGCAACUUGUGCAAGAAUAGUGCCCCCCUGUGGAAACGAGUACAAGGCAAAUAACCAGCCGAACAAGCACAAGAACCGAUCUGGU